AUGUUCCGCCCAAGCUUGAGGGCAGCCACCCUGCACUCCACCCAUCCCCUCCGAUCAACGCCACGCACAUCAGCAACGGUCUUCAGACGUUCCUUCAACUAUGCUCUCGACCAUCUAUCCGCUCAACUCACCACCAACAUCACCACCAAUUCGGAGCAAUACCAAACCAAUCUCGAGUCCAUGUCCAAAUUGAUCCAGUCUCAUCAGUCCCUCGUAGAUCAACACAUUCUUCCAGGUGGUAGUCCAACCGCUCGCAAGAAACACCUCGAUCGGGGAAAACUCCUAGUCAGAACCAGGAUCGAGAGAUUACUCGACCCAUUUUCCCCAUUUCUAGAGCUCUCUCAAACCGCCGGUUAUCAACUCUACCCCAAUGAAGACUUGCCAGCAGGUGGGAUCAUCACUGGAGUUGGCCAAGUCCAUGGAAUUCCCUGUAUGGUCAUUGCCAAUGACCCAACCGUCAAAGGAGGUUCAUAUUACCCAAUAACAGUCAAAAAACACUUAAGAGCUCAGGAAAUCGCUCAAGAGAACCGGCUACCCUGCAUCUACCUAGUUGAAUCUGGCGGGGCAAAUCUACCUUACCAAUCUCAAGUCUUCCCGGACCGGGAUCACUUUGGAAGGAUAUUCUACAACCAGGCUCGACUGUCAGCUCGGGGAAUCCCGCAGAUCUCAGUUGUUCAUGGUAUCUCAGUUGCCGGCGGGGCUUAUAUGCCUGCAAUGUCAGACGUCAACAUAAUCGUUAAAAAUCAAGGUAGAAUCUUCCUGGCGGGACCCAGUUUAGUGAAAGCGGCGAUAGGCGAAGAUAUCAAUGACGAACAACUAGGUGGGGGAGAAAUGCACUGCCAAGUCAGUGGGGUUAGUGAUUAUCUGGCUGAAUCCGAUGAACAUGCCCUUGUACUCGCUCGAAGAGAAAUUCUUCAUCUGAACCAUCAACUCGGCCGAAGUUCUUUUUCAACGACGACUCAAGCGAGUGGUUGGGAAGAGCCCCUAUACGAUCCUUCAGAAUUAAACGGUAUCGUGAUCGGUAGUUUAAGAUCGUUUUCAAACCAAACAGUCAUGGCACCACUUCCCAAGCACAACUACGAUUACGACUUAUUGGUCAUCGGCGGUGGCUCUGGUGGCCUAGGCUGUGCAAGACGGGCGGCCCAAUACGGGGCGAAAGUGGGGAUCAUCGAGAGGACUCCGGUGCUGGGUGGUACUUGUGUGAAUGUUGGUUGCGUGCCCAAGAAGGUGAUGUGGCAUGCGGCUGAUGUUCGGGAGAAGAUGCGAGCGGCCGUGCAUUACUGUCAGACACCGGAGGAGAGCAGGAAACUGCCCGAGGUGGAUUGGUUGAAGCUGAAAGAGAAGCGGGAUGCGUACAUCAGUCGGUUGAAUGGGAUCUACGAGCGUAAUGUGAAGAACGAUAAGGUGGACUAUCUGAGUGGACACGGCAGGUUUAUCGAUCGAAACACGCUCGAGAUCUCUCAAGGGGUCCAAUCGACGCACUUCCAUGCCCAAGCACAGUCCGAUCUCCCGGUGUCUUCGAAGGAGGGUAGCCGACGAUUGACGGCCGACAAGAUUGUGAUUGCGGUUGGGGGCCGGCCGGUGUUACCGGAGAUCGAGGGUUCCGAACUGGCGAUCGACUCGGACGGGUUCUUUGCCCUCGAAGCUCUGCCCAAACGGGUCGCGGUGGUCGGCGCGGGCUAUAUUGCCGUCGAGCUUGCAGGGAUCUUCCAUGCGAUGGGCGCGGAGACUCACCUGAUCGUCCGGCAGAAUCAGCCCCUCCGGACGUUUGACUCGAUCAUCAGGGACACCCUCACCGAGCACAUGGAGCACGCCGGCAUCCAGAUCCACAAACAGUCUCACGUGGUCAAGAUCUCGACGAGCGAGAAGGGGCCAUACGGGCUGGCCAAGCCGUUUCCCAAGACGCUCGAAACCUCUGCGGGGGAGAAGCUCGAGGUGGACUGCGUGCUGUUUGCGAUCGGCCGGAAGCCACUCUCGGACCUAGUGGGCUGUGAGAAGGCGGGGGUGGAGCUGGACUCGAAGGGCAACGUGAUGGUGGACGAGUACCAGAAGACGAAUGUGGAUAACAUCUUUGCGAUCGGGGACGUGCAGGGGAAAGCCCUGCUGACACCGGUGGCGCUUGCGGCGGGAAGAAGGCUCAGUAAUCGGCUAUACGGCGGGGUGAAGGACGAUAAGAUCAGCUAUGAGAACAUCGCGACGGUUGUCUUUUCUCAUCCGCCAUGUGCGACGGUUGGCUUGACCGAGGAAGAGGCGCGUGAGAAGCACGGGAAGGAGGCGAUCAAGGUGUACGAGUCGAAGUUCAAGGCAAUGUAUUACUCGAUGAUGCCCGAGGAAGAGAAGGAGCCGACGGGGAUGAAGCUGGUCUGUUUGGGUGCAGAGGAGAAGAUCGUGGGGAUCCACAUGAUUGGGCUCGGGACGGAUGAGAUCAUCCAGGGCUUCGCGGUGGCCGUCAAGAUGGGGGCACGCAAGAAAGACUUUGACGAUACGAUUGCCAUCCAUCCGACCAGUGGCGAAGAACUUGUGACGAUGAGAUAG